UACUGUAUUCAGAUUGGAAGAACUUUAAAAUAGAAGCUGGUUUGCAUAUUCUUACUUUGCAAAUGUAUAUUUCUGUAAAUAGUGAAACUUGUUGAUGCAGUGUAUAGGCCUAACUAACCUACCAUAAAGUUCAAUUUACAAAUUUGAAGUGCAUUUAAUUUUUUUUUAAUCAUGCUCCAGAUGCUUCUUACUAGUUUGUUGCUCUAUACUGCAAAACCUAAAAAAAAACAAAAAAACAUUGACAAUCAGAUUAUUGUUGAAAUUGGUGAACAUGACUCUUCAAAAUGUUCUGUGCAUUACUCCACUAAAAAUGCGCUGUAUAUUCUUUUUCUGUUUGUUUCUUGUGUUAAUAGGUACCAUAUACAUGCACAUCUAUUCAUUUACUGUCGCAUAUGAAAUGGACAACAGCGAAAUAAUACAAAAUGCAAUGUAUUCUGUAUUUCAGUGCACGUUUUGUAUUCCUACAGGUAGAACACCAAAUUAUUGGGAUCCUAGAUCCUUCUUGACAAAGUUUUGGGAUCAAUCAGUUAUGAAUCAGACUAGCAUUAACGGGCCACAUGGCCUCCCUUUGUUCAUAAAUGUUGUUGUUGUUUAAUUGCAGUAGGCCAAAUACACUAUACACUAGGAAACGACCCAAAAAGGCGAUUGCAGCAAAUAAAUAGAAUACAUCUAAAUAAUACGUUGUGAACUAUAAUUCUGCUAUAAACGUACUGCAUAACAACAAUAUUAUUACCGUUUUGAAUGGUCCUCCCAACUAGCUAAUAACAACAUUUCAAAUCACCACUGUAGUAGUUAAUAUACUGACACAGCAUGGGAAUCCAGUGACAUUUUUAAAAUGUGUUAUUAUUUUAAUAACUUUUAAAACACAAAGACAAUUGGAACUGCAGAAGCGCUCUGAAAGUGUUUGAAGGCUGAAAUCUUUGUUAAGUUACUAUCGAUAUUAGCUUUUACAUUUUUAGUUUUUUUUUUUUCAGUUUUUUUGUAUUUCAUUGCAAUGUUAUUAUUGCCAACAGUUUUUUCUUUCUGUAUUAAGCGUAUUUGCUGUAGGUACUAUGAGACCAUCUAAAUAGUUUUUUUUACCCCCGUGUUCCUGUUGCAUCCGGAAGAGACGCACAGUCAGCUGAAUAAACCGGAAAUAGAAUAAAAGUGAAAGUUCAAGUGGCGUACUUUACUUGUGUCAGUGGAGUACCCACAGGGACCUUUUUAAUUUGAAGCAUAUAUUUUAAUAAAGUUAAUUAUAUUGGAACUAUAGUGACAUUAUUUAAAAAAAAAAAAAAAAAAAGUAAAAACACCAUAGCUGUCUUGCUGCUAUUAAUUUAAUAUGUCGAGACCGUGUGAAAUGCACAGGUGCUCUCGGUCACAAAACACAGACUUAUGAAAAUAUCCGACAUCUGAUUCAGUCAGUGUUAACACCCAGAAGUGUAUCAAUUUAACCUGGACACAACGUCUGUCAAACAAAAAACAGGAAGAGUGAUGGGGGUGAAAGGGUUGCAGUGGUUUGUGGAAAAUGUAAGUUCAGAAGUCUGUGUGGAGGUGAAUCUACAGGAGAUGGCUAAGCAGUACCAGCGUGACCAGCCUGGGUGUACCCCUACUCUGGUGGUCGAUGCAAUGGCAUGUUUGAAGCACUGGUACACUUCUGAAGCUUGGGUGCAUGGUGGGCAGUGGCGAGAGUAUAUGCACAACCUUGAAACCUUCGUGAGAGCAUUCACAAAUGCAGGCAUCAAACUGGUAUUCUUCUUUGAUGGAGUGGUGGAGCAGACAAAGAGGGCAGAGUGGGUAAAACGCAGACUGAGAAACAACAAAGAAAUCAGCCAAAUCUUUCAGUAUAUCAAGACCACUGGACAACAACCAGGAAGAGAGAUGUUCUUUAUUCCCUCCGGCCUGGCUACAUUCUCACGAUUUGCCUUGAAAUCCCUUGGUGUAGAAACGUGGUGCUCAGUGCGAGAGGCAGAUUAUGAAAUUGCCAGUUAUGGACUGUUUCAUAACUGUAUGGGCAUUCUUGGACAAGACUCUGAUUACCUCAUCUAUGAUACUGUCCCAUACCUAUCCAUUAGUAAGCUGCAACUUAGCAGACUGGUCACUGUUCAUUUCUCAAGGGAAAAUCUUUGCCAGACACUGAAACUCAGUAAGAGUGACCUCCCACUUUUGGCUUGCAUUCUCGGCAAUGACAUUGUGCCAGAGAACCAAUUACAGAAGCUUCGGCAUAGCUGCAUGGAUUUGUAUCGGCAAAAAGAAAAAAAAUGGACACAAACAAACAAAGUUUUAGCAGUAGCAAACUAUAUUUCAAGGCAUCUGUGUUUAAGUGAAGGGUUAAAGGAAAUUACAAAACUGCCGGUGUCUGAAGCAGACAGGGCUUUGCUUGAAAAAGGAAUUGAUUCAUAUCUUCUACCUGAGCAGCAGACCCCUUGGCUUCCUUAUCGAAAGGAACACUCUUCCUAUAGGGCCCAGGUUGAACUAAGAAGUGGCUCCAACCAAGACAUUAUGCAGUUUGCAAAAGAGCAGCACAUCAGAGCUGAGAAUUUUAUGGUUUUCAACAUCCUGAGUGCUGGAGAAGUCAGUUGCAGCAACACUUUAGAGGAUGACCAAGAUCCUGAUCUUCCUGGACAUGCGCUCGUUUACCGGCCUGCCCGUCAGCAUAUCUACUCAGUCCUGUUGGGUGCAAAGCAAGAUCACAUUGAAUCACCCCCUUCAGUGAAGGAGUGGUUUGUCUACCCUGGAAAUCCUCUUCAGCACGCAGAGCUGGUUACAGCUGUACCUGUCAAUCUCCCAGGCAGAAGGCCAGAUCUGAAAAUACUGUGGUUUUCUGAUGAUCCAGGGAUUAAAAGUCUUCGUUAUUCCACAUUCCUUGCUUUAUUCGACCUACACGAUUUAUCAGAUGAACUCUGUGCUUUGGAGACACAUCUAAUAGGCACAUGUUGUCUACUAAUAUACAUUGCCUUACAGGUAAACAAUCUGUGCUUGGAAGACAUAGAUGCAUAUCUGGCUCAGACUCUUUGUGUUCGCACCAAAUCACCUGACCAACUUGCUUGUACUCAGGUAGCCUGUGUGGACUCCAGAGCAGUACAUCUUGGCUCCCUGUUUGUCCGAGGAUUGACGAUACUUAUUGCAGCCAACAGCUCAUGUGGAUUUCCAUUUAGGAUGGCUGAUCUGAUGCCAUGGGAAAUGUUUGAUGGGAAGCUAUUCCACUUAAAGUACUUGCAGUCACAUGCUGGAUGUUCUGAAGGGGAACUCCUGGAAGGAAAUAUGUCCUUGGUUACCAAGUUUCAUUACCUGAAAACUAUCAUCACCAGUACAUGCAUCAGAAAGAGGAGAAACAUCGAGAGCAAACCAAGAGGCCCUUUAGAAGCGAAACAGGCAUGUAGCAGUUAUCAUGCAAGAGAUGGAGGACCCCAUUCCCACAAAGGGCAAAGACAGUUCUUUCCUCCUCAAAAUGAUCCCUGUACUUCUGGAUUUCAAUUGAGUCCUUCACGGACUCAAGAACAAAGACAUAGGCCAAGAUACAGAGCCCAAAACAGACAGAGGAUCCAGCUUGCUCCCCGCUGGCCACAAUAUCAAAACCCUCAUCCUGGCUGGUCCUAAUGGAGAACCUGCAAUAUGGAAACAUUGAAGACUUGUGGAAGACUUGUAUACAAGUAAUUACCAAUGGUGGUUCACCAGUAAACACUGAAAGUAUAUGUGGAGCAAACUCUCAGCAUUUAUGAUCUAUCAGUUCAAUUGUUAUUAUUUUUUAAUUAAAGUAUUUUGACAUUUAUCUUGAAGCACCUAAAAUGCUGGGGAAAAAAAAAAAAAAAAAACUAUAAUUCCAAUUUCUACAGUGCUUCAGAUUAUUUGAUUUUGUGGAAUGGAAAACUGUUUUAUUGGCCCUUAUAUUGUUGCAGUAAUAACAUUAAAUUAAUUAAUCAAUAAACACAUUCAAAUAAGACC